CCGAAGGAUUCUGUUCUUCCGGCCUCAGCUGGGGUUGGUGGUCUGGGGUUGGAGGAAGCUAAAGAACACAACUUGUUUCCCACCCAGAGCUGCGCAUCUCGCUACUCUCUUGGGCCGUCUCCAUUUUUCUUCCCCCCCUCAGGCCGCUACUUGGAGGGUUCCGCUCCGCACCGGGGGCGGAGCGAGUCAAGCUUGAGUGGGCUGCCUGGCAACUGGGAGCCACCUCCUAACUCCUUGUAGACAAAGCGGUCUCUCGAGUCAUUUUCUCAAGCUAAUGACUAGUGUUACCCGCUUGUCCUGCGUAGCAAGACUGGGAUUUGGGAUUUGGAACCAUUAGGGGCGCUGCGGGCCUGGUCGAGGCGGGGCCGCGGGAUGGCCGUCCCCCGUCUCCGCCCCCGCACCGCCCAGGGGUGCGAAACUCUGGUUGGUUUGCCUUACAAUUAUACUUUGCUUCUAUAAUUUUGAAAAGUCCUGACCUCCUCCCGCCUUGCCCAGUUCGGAGAACUGACUGAAGCUGUGUGUGUGUGGCUGGGGGGAGAACCAGGCUGGCUGGGCGGCUGCAGCCUCGGAGAACACCGCGGGACAAGUCUGGCCCUUCUACCCCGUGGACGAGAUGCGGAGCAGGAGCAAUUCUGGGGUCCGCCUGGACGGGUAUGCGAGGCUGGUGCAGCAAACUAUCCUGUGUUACCAGAACCCUGUCACUGGGCUAUUGUCAGCCAGCCAUGACCAGAAGGAUGCCUGGGUGCGGGACAACAUCUAUAGCAUCCUGGCUGUAUGGGGCUUGGGCAUGGCCUACCGAAAGAAUGCUGACCGUGAUGAAGAUAAGGCCAAGGCCUAUGAGUUGGAACAGAAUGUGGUGAAGCUAAUGCGAGGUCUUCUCCAGUGCAUGAUGAGACAGGUGGACAAAGUGGAGAAAUUCAAGCACACUCAGAGUACCAAGGACAGUCUGCACGCCAAGUACAACACCGCCACCUGCAGCACUGUGGUUGGCGAUGACCAAUGGGGCCACCUCCAGGUGGAUGCUACCUCCCUCUUCCUCCUGUUCUUGGCCCAGAUGACUGCCUCAGGCUUACGUAUUGUUUUCACCCUUGAUGAGGUGGCCUUCAUUCAGAAUCUUGUCUUUUAUAUAGAAGCUGCAUAUAAAGUUGCUGAUUAUGGAAUGUGGGAGCGUGGAGAUAAGACUAAUCAGGGCAUUCCAGAACUGAACGCAAGCUCUGUGGGAAUGGCCAAGGCUGCACUUGAAGCAAUUGAUGAACUAGAUCUUUUCGGAGCCCAUGGAGGACGCAAGUCAGUGAUCCAUGUCCUGCCCGAUGAAGUUGAGCACUGCCAGUCAAUUCUGUUCUCCAUGUUGCCAAGAGCAUCAACUUCUAAAGAAAUUGACGCUGGACUUCUUUCUAUUAUUUCUUUCCCGGCCUUUGCAGUAGAAGAUAUGAACCUUGUAAAUGUGACCAAAAAUGAAAUAAUUUCCAAGCUCCAGGGACGUUAUGGAUGCUGUCGCUUCCUUCGAGACGGCUAUAAAACCCCAAGAGAGGAUCCACACCGUCUGCAUUAUGACCCUGCUGAACUCAAGCUCUUUGAGAACAUUGAGUGUGAAUGGCCUGUGUUCUGGACUUAUUUCAUCAUAGAUGGAAUUUUCAGUGGCGAUGCUGUUCAGGUCCAAGAGUACCGAGAGGCCCUAGAGGGAAUAUUAAUCAGAGGCAAAGAUGGGAUCCACUUGGUGCCGGAACUCUAUGCUAUCCCACCAGACAAGGUGGAUGAAGAGUAUAAGAAUCCGCAUACAGUAGACCGAAUUCCACUGGGGAAGCCUCCUCAUCUUUGGGGACAGUCCUUGUAUAUUCUCAGUUCAUUGCUGGCAGAGGGAUUCCUUGCCACUGGUGAAAUUGAUCCCUUAAAUAGAAGAUUUUCCACUUCAGUCAAACCUGAUGUUGUAGUACAAGUUUCUGUUUUAGCAGAAAACAAUCACAUUAAGAAGCUGUUUCAGAAACAUGGAGUACAUAUCCAGAGCAUUGCUGACAUCCAUCCAAUUCGAGUCCAGCCAGGCCGGAUUCUUAGUCACCUAUAUGCCAAGCUUGGACGAAAUAAGAACUUGAAAUUGAGUGGGCGACCAUAUCGGCACAUUGGCGUCCUAGGAACCUCUAAACUCUAUGUGAUUAGGAACCAGAUCUUUACUUUUACACCCCAGUUCACUGAUCAACAUCACUUCUACCUGGCCCUGGACAAUGAGAUGAUCGUGGAGAUGCUGAGGAUCGAGCUGUCCUAUCUCUGCACCUGCUGGAGGAUGACAGGCCGUCCCACACUCACCUUCCCUGUCACACACACUAUGCUCACAAAUGAUGGAUCAGACAUUCAUCCUGCAGUUCUUUCUACUAUUAGAAAACUAGAAGAUGGAUAUUUUGGAGGAGCUAGAGUGAAACUAGGAAACCUAGAAGAGUUCCUCACCACCUCUUUCUAUACAUACUUGACCUUUCUGGAUCCAGACUGUGACGAGAAAUUGUUUGAUGACAUCAACGAAGGGAGCUUCAGUCCUGACAGUGAGUCAGAUAUGGGAGGAUACCUGGAAGACAGUGGCCAUCAAGAAAGCCAAGAUGAACUUGACCAGUAUAUCAACCACCUUCUGCAAAGCACAUCCUUGAAAUGCUACCUGCCCCCUCUUUGUAAGAAGUCAGAAGACAGCCAUGUUUUCAGUGCUAUCUACUCCACUCGGGACAUACUUUCUGUGAUGGCCAAAGCAAAGGGUUUGGAAACUCCAUUUUUUCCCAAGAUUUUGCCAACUAAAGUUCUAAGUGGUCACCGUAAAUCACUAAAUCUUGUUGAUUCUCCUCAGCCACUCUUAAAAAAGACCUCUGAAGAUGACUUCCAGUGUUCCAGAGAUGACCAUGGUGACAUGGACUGUGAGAAGCUGGUUGGGCAACUGAAAGACUGUUCAAACCUACAGGACCAAGCAGAUAUUCUAUACAUUCUUUAUGUAAUCAAGGGUCCCAACUGGGACACCAAUCUCUUUGGACAGCACGGAGUCACUGUUCACAGUCUUCUCAGCGAGCUUUAUGGAAAAGCUGGCCUAAACCAGGAAUGGAGUUUGAUUCGCUACAUCUCAGGCCUACUCAGGAAGAAAGUGGAGGUCUUGGCUGAGGCCUGUGCAGACCUGCUGUCCCACCAGAAGCAGCUCACAGUGGGCCUGCCGCCUGAGCCCCGGGAGAAGACCAUUUCUGCGCCCCUUCCCCCAGAGGAGCUCACAAGACUCAUCUACGAGGCCAGUGGGCAGGACAUCAGCAUCGCCGUCCUCACACAGGAGAUCGUGGUUUACCUGGCCAUGUAUGUCCGGGCCCAGCCCAGCCUCUUUGUGGAGAUGCUUAGACUCCGGAUUGGACUGAUCAUCCAAGUGAUGGCCACGGAACUGGCACGUAGCCUGAACUGCUCAGGAGAAGAAGCUUCAGAGAGUUUGAUGAACCUCAGUCCCUUCGACAUGAAGAACCUCCUGCACCAUAUUCUGAGUGGGAAGGAGUUUGGUGUGGAAAGAAGCGUGCGCCCUAUUCAUUCCUCCACAUCCAGCCCUGCCAUCUCCAUCCAUGAGGUGGGUCAUACUGGAGUCACCAAAACUGAAAGGAGUGGCAUCACCAGACUGAGGAGUGAGAUGAAACAGAUGACUAGGCGAGCUAGUGCUGAUGAACAGUUCUUUCCUGUGAGCCAAGCCGUGUCCAGCACUGUACAUUCCUUCAAGUCUAUGAGGUCCAGCACCCCAUCCUCCCCGACAGGCACAUCAUCUACAGACUCUGGAGGACAGCACAUGGGCUGGGGAGAGCAGCAGGGCCAGUGGCUGCGCAGAAGAAGGCUGGAUGGGGCCAUCAACAGAGUCCCUGUGGGAUUCUACCAGAGGGUAUGGAAGAUCCUUCAGAAGUGCCAUGGCCUCUCCAUCGAUGGUUAUGUCCUCCCAUCCUCAACAACCCGAGAGAUGACCCCAUGUGAGAUCAAGUUUGCUGUCCACGUGGAAUCGGUACUGAACCGUGUGUCCCAGCCUGAGUAUCGACAGCUGCUGGUGGAAGCCAUCAUGGUACUGACACUGCUUUCGGACACAGAGAUGGACAGCAUCGGGGGCAUCAUCCACGUGGACCAGAUUGUGCAGAUGGCCAAUCAACUAUUCCUACAGGACCAGGUGUCAAUUGGAGCUGCAGACACCCUGGAGAAAGAUCAAGCCACAGGAAUUUACCACUUCUUUUAUGACAGUGCUCCUAGUGGGGCUUAUGGGACAAUGACCUACCUAACAAAAGCAGUGGCUUCUCAUUUGCAGGAUCUGCUUCCCAGUUCAGGCUGCCAGAUGCAAUAGAGCCUUACCCAUAAAUGUGACCACCUUCUGAAUCUGUCACUUGUCCCCUAGCCUCAUUGGGAGCUUUCUUCUGACCCCCAAGAUCUCCUGUGCUGUCACAAAAGCAUGUCCCAUCCAAAAGAUUCACAGGGAGGAGAUGACAAUGCUCCAGCUCAAAGCAAUGCGUGUUUAAGCCACAGAUAAAGCUGAUGAAUCCUCCACUCCCCUGAGGAGCACCCUUCUCUAGGUUCAUUUCACUGGAACAUUUGUCACAGCAUCUGGCUCAUGGACUCUGAGAAGGAUUUGGAAAUUGGUCUCUUUUGAGUGCAGAGUGAACUGAGAAGCCAGCUUAAAUUGGCUCUCACUGAGAGUUACAGAAAUAGGUUCGAUGAGCUAGUGACACAUCUUGAAGGCGGAAAGAUCCUUCCAGCAGCAAUAGCUAGACAAGCAGACCUUGACAGGGGAACAUCUUAACAGGAUACAGUCUGUUGGGGGAUCAAACUGUUUACCAAACAGAAUAAUUCUAUCUUUCUGGAAAUUUGGGUUGUUUUAUACUUCUUUCCUAACCUCUCUUUUGGCAUUGCUACCUUCAUGUCACAUAAUUCUCACCCAGACGGACUAAAUUACUCCCACUUAACUUUGGCUCAUGAUCUCCAAGGAUCUUUUUCUGGCUGCCCACAAAUUAAGGGUGUCUCCUCCAACCUUAGGAAAAUUCCAUAUCUUCCAGAAUAAAGAGAAAAAAGUGAAACGUGA